GCAAACCCUGUCGGUAUGUUUGACACUCGUGUCUCCAAUGAGAACGCGCCACGUGAUCAACAAUCGUUUCCCCCUCACUUUAGUUUCUGUCCUCAAAAGUGAGUGUCAUUACUCACUGAGUCCAAGUUCCAACGAAAUGAAAUGUGAAGAGUGAAAGAAAGAAAAAAACACCAUGAUCCUAAUCUACUACCUCUCGGAGCACCCGGCUAUCGUGGGCUUCCGGUGGAGCCACGCCCAAUCAUGGGGAGCCACCUGGUCCUUCCUCUUCACCUCAAUCGCCUCCUACCUCUUCCUCUCAAUCCUCCUCCACCUCUCUCUUUCUCUCCUCUUCCGCCGCCGUCAAAUCCCUCUUGGCCCAUUCCCCGCCGUCCACAGCCUCUCCAUGUCCCUCGUCUCCGCCACGAUCUUCGCCGGCAUCCUCCUCUCUUCCGCCGCCGAGAUCCGCGACACGCGGUGGUUCUGGCCGCGCUCCAAAACCCCCUUACAGUGGCUCCUCUGCUUCCCCCUCGGCACGCGCCCCUCGGGGCGCGUGUUCUUCUGGUCCUACGUCUACUACCUCUCCCACUUCCUCCACAUGUUCCGCACUCUCCUCACAAUCGUACGCCACCGCAGGCUAUCCUUUUUUCAUCUGCUUAGCCACUCAAUCUCCGCCUUCGCCUCCUUUCUCUGGCUCGAGUUCUCGCAGUCCUUCCAGGUUCUAGCGAUCCUCUUCGCCACGCUCGUCUACGCCGUCGUCUACGGCUACCGCUUCUGGACCGCCAUCGGCCUCCGUGGCGCCUGCUUCCCCUUCGUCCUCAGCUGCCAGAUCGCGCUCCUGGCAUGCAAUAUCGCCUGCCACGUCGCCGUCUUCUUCCUCCACUUCUUCCUCAAAGGCGGGUGCAACGGCAUCGGCGCGUGGCUCUUCAACUCAAUCCUAAACCUCGCGCUUCUCAUGCUCUUUCUUAACUUCUACGUCAGAAUGCACGUGGUUCACAAGAGGAGGAAAGUUAGGGAUGUUGUCGUUGCUCCUGCACUGUCUUAAGAAGCGCGUGAGUGCAAAAAUGUUCAAGUUCAAUUGUAAAAAUAUAAUAUAAGACACGAGGUGGUUGCUGCAAUUUGGGGUCCCAAGUGUGUUCCCUUUUUAAUGUUCAUCAUUUUUAGCAUGGAACAGGUGAAUAGAUAUUAUAGUAUAGGAUUGCUGGAAAGCAAUAAUUAUAGACUGAUUCUGAUUUUGUUGUAAUAUAUGAUUAGUUAAUUAGUUCAUUUCUAUACUAAAAAUUCAACACAGUAGGUAGAUAACUGUGUUUGUUAAGUAGGCUAAUAAAGAUUUAAUUUUUUGACCAUGUGAAAACACAAGACUUUGUGAAAAACAAAACUUACUUCAAUAAUAUCGGAUUCCUAUCCCAUUUUCUUA